UAAUGCAUGUGAGCUCUUUUCAUUCAUUGUUUUUAUCGUACAUUUAAUUAUGGCCCAACACUGAAGGUGCUGGGACCUAUUGUUUUUGGAGAGAUCAUUAAUGUUUUUAGUAGGGCCCAAGCACUGGGUGGUGCAAGGACUCUACUGCAAGUACUCUUUAUUAAUCCAGCGCAUUAUCUUUUUUUUUGUUGCAAGUCUGCAAAUCUUUUAGGAGCGGCGUUACAUUUCACCUACAUGUACAGAAUGAGUAGACACACCAGUUAGACUAUUGACUCCUAGCAGGUCAACCAGAUCCACCUGGAACUUGGUCAGAAAAUCAUUAACAUCGCCGAUUGCCGAUGGGUGCGAAGACCCUCCUCAUAUUUCUAUAUGUAUUAUUACUAUUCUGCUGGAAAAACGCAUUAUCGAGGCGCUUAGGACAGUUGAAAAAUGCAAAGUUGUGCAGUGACUGGGCUUGGACGUGGCCAGCAGGCUCUAUAGCCAACAGGGUAAAGAGCACAUUUCUAGUUAACAGUACCAUCAUAACUAAAUACUACAGUCUAUACAUAAAUGUCAUUUCACUAAAUCCCCUCCUAUUGUGUAAAGCACUAAAAAAUUAAUUUUCUCUAGUUAACAAUUGUACAGAAAUGUCAAAAGGGCCUAUGACCGGAAACUAUAACCGUAUGUCUGAAUCAGAGGUGGCUGCUGGUCCUAUAAGGAGGGGAAGCUCAUUUUCGGCCUACAUCAUAAAAUGUGUCCGUUUAUUUAUAUGUAAAUUCGCAGAGUGACAGAAGAGAGUCGCUAGUCAGUUUUAACAAAUACAAAGUCGCUGAGGAUCAGUAACGUCUCCAGAUCAACUCCGAACAACGGAAUGAAAAACUUGAAAACUGCUCCGGUGGAUGCUAAUACUUCAAGAUCGCUGAUUCGCUCAUUUCGCUGUCAAUCAAAAAGGGACUCAGCCUCAGACAGAUCAUCCAAUCAUCAUGCAGAAGCCGAGCGUCCGGGCCCGCCCACUGUCCCAUAGACCCCCAGAGACGCUGAGCGUCCGAUGGGCGGGACAAAGCCCAGCAUUUAGUGUCAGUGCAGUCAGACUCUCUCUGCACUGCAAUUAUCUUUUCUUAAGUCCUCAUGAAUCCUCCUUCACAUCUUCCCUUGACCUCAUGAGGUCGCUACUUUGCGAUGUGCAAAGUAGCGAUAGCAAACGAUCGCCCAAAUGUGCCUUUUUUUUCUUCUUCUUUUUUUUGGCGAGCGCCCGCUCCACCCGAGGCUGCCCAUGUCGCCCGUAUCUAAAUCCGCCAUUGAGCAUGACACAAAGAGAUAAUGGUGCGACAAGUAAUCACAACACAAGCAAACAGACGCGCAGCACGUAGCACAGACGACCGAGGAAGCGUUUCCAGCGGACACAAGAAGUGAUACACCCAGCUGGGACGCACUUUUGUCAAGUAUCCGGCUUUGACUUUGCAGUGUUCAUGCAUCGAGCCAUGUCUUGUAGAUCUGUAGGGCAGCAGCAAUGUCAGUUGAGGGAACUGGUCCAGGCUGUGCUUCAGCCGCUGAAGAAAGGACUCUGUUCCUUCAACAAUGUUUCAGAGAUGCUCCUCAGUGUAAAUGGAGACACGGUUCUUCCUGGAUCCAAGCAAUUCCGUGAUAUCAGACAACAGAUUGAGAACAUGAAGCAGCAGAUGCAGGCAUCAGAGGAGGUAGCCAAAACAGAGCUUCAACGCCUGGAUUGGGAGACUGAGCAUCUCACUGCAAUGCAGAGUGAUUUAGCAAGGCAGAAAAAGAAGAAAGAGGGUGAGUUACAGAACUUGAAAACAAAGCUGGAGUCACACAGAUCCUCUCUAGCGAGUUACCGUGAAGCUCUGGAGACAGAGAAGAGAAACCUGGAGUCAGCAGAAGACACCCUUUCCAGCAUGAGGCGGAGGAGAGACGAGGCAGAGACAAUGAGGAAUGUUGGGAUUGGUUUAAUGUUCAUACCAUUUGUGGGAUGGAUUCCUGGGGCAACCUUGGCUAUUAUUGGGGAAUCAGAGAUGAACGAGGCCUCUGAUGCUGUCCGCACAGCUAAACGGGAGGUAAACAGCUGUGAAUCUCAGGUCGAAUCAUACUCCGACAAAGUGUCUAAAUAUGAAUCCAAGAUCUCUCAAGCUCAGCGUGACAUUAAAGAGACUGACAAUAAGAUUCAUGAGACGGAUGCCAAACUGCGGGACAUGUCUGUGCAGCGGCAGGUUGUUGCUGAUUUUCAGAAUAAAAUGAGAAGAGCUGUCCAUCAGCUGGGGAAGCUGUGUGGGGUGGGGAGUGUGGCAGAGCUGCAGACCCGACACCAGAUCCUGCUGGCGCCUGUGAUUAAGGUGAUGGAGGAGAUGACAACAGCACUGUCUCAGAUCACUGGAGAUGAGCUGCUGCACACACAAGGCAUCAAGACACUGAUUUGGGACAUGAAGAGGAACCAUAACAAACUAAAAGAACUUCCUGGCACCAGUGAGACUUUAAAUGAUUAUUACUGAUUUGCAAGAUUUUUUUUUUUCUCCAAUAGUCAAAAUUGAUGUUUGUUGUAACCAUGAAUGAAUUACACAAAAAACCUUUCACCUCACAAAUAUUUCAAUUUAUCCACAUACAUUUGUAGAUUGUUAUUGGCACCCUUGCACAAUAAAGUACUUUAAAUUGA